GAUUUGAAGAAGUACUUAAUUUUCUAUCUCCACCUCUUUAUCAUACAUUACACAGAAAAAGGAACUGGAAAAGAGCAAGAAGACCUCACGGAAUAUUUAAAUAGUAGCUUCAAAGUUGGGGAAUACCAUCGGCCAGAAGAAAGGCAGAUGAAAUGAAGUCAAAGUGUCACUGAUUUUUGCCUGUCCAUGGAGAGAAGAUUGCUGAUUUAGAGUCACUCUGGCCUACCUAAGACUAUCUGACAUGGGAAUAUAACUCCAAGGUAAUUAUGGAUCUGAUCAACUUCACCAAUUUGCUCAAUGUCUCCACUCUAGUAAGAAACAGCACUCACUUUCCAGCUCCUGCCUCAAACGUGAUCAUUGCCCUUCUUCUGUACUUGUCAGUUAUAAUUGGUACCGUCACCAACGGGCUCUACCUAUGGGUGCUCUUUUUCAAGAUGAAAAAGACUGUCAAUACGCUCUUAUUUUUUCAUCUCAUUUUCUCAUAUUUUAUUUCAAUAUUGAUUCUACCAUUUAUAGCUGCCUCCUACCUUCAGGACAAUCACUGGAGCUUUGGAACUGCCAUGUGCAAGGUCUUCAAUGCCACUUUGUCUACAGGGAUGUUCGCCUCUAUUUUCUUCCUCUCAGCCAUCAGUGUUGACCGUUACCUUCUCACUCUUCACCCAGUGUGGUCACAGCUGCACCGAACCCCACGCUGGGCUUCCAGGAUCAUCCUGGGAAUCUGGAUCUCUGCCACAGCCCUCGGCAUGCCUUAUUUGGUUUUCAGAGAGACACAUGAUGACCAUAAAGGAAGAGUGACCUGCCAAAAUAACUAUGCUGUGUCUACUAACUGGGAAAGCAAAAAGAUGCAUACAUUCAGGAAAUGGAUUCAUGUAGCCUGUUUCAUUGGCCGUUUUUUGCUAGGCUUCCUUCUGCCUUUCUUUACCAUCACCCUUUGCUACAAAAGAGUAGCCAACAAGAUGAAAGAGAGGGGCCUGUCUAGGUCCAAUAAGCCCUUCAAAGUCAUGAUGACUGCCAUUAUCUCUUUCUUUGUGUGCUGGAUGCCCUACCAUGUGCACCAGGGCUUAAUCCUCACUAAGAACCAAUCAGUACUUUUACAGUUGACUCUGAUACUUACAGUCAUAACCAUUUCUUUCAACGCUAUUUUUUCUCCUACACUCUACUUGUUUACUGGGGAGGACUUCAAAAAUGUUUUCAAGAAGUCCAUUCUUGCUCUGUUUGAGUCAACGUUCAGUGAGGACUCUUUGAUAGAAAGGAUACAAAACCUAAAUUCAGAAGCCUACAUUUAAAUUUUGGAUCCCAGAGCAAACAAUGGACUCUUAGUCAAUUAUACCACCAGAGAUGUCCCCUCUGCUUUUAUAUAAUAUAGUCCCUAUAUUAGAGAGACAUCUAAACUAUACUAUAGUUAGAUCUAUGAAUAUUAAAGCGGUUGUAAGAAACCAAGCAAUGGGUGGUGUUCCAAAAGUAAUUAUUUUUACUUUGUUUUUAUUGUGGUAAACUGCAUAUAACAUUAUAUUUGCCAUUUUCACCAUUUUAAAAUGUACAUUUCAGUAGCAUUAACUACAUUCACAGGGCUUUGCAACCACCACUAUCUAUUUCUAAAAGUUUGUACUACCCCAAAGAGAAGCUCUGCUCUGAGUAAGUAAUAACUCCUCAUUUCACCCUCCCUGCAACCCCUCAUAACUUCCUAUCUACUUUCUGUCUCUAUGAAUUUGUUAUCCUAACUAUUCCAUGUAAGUGGAAUCAUACAACAUUUCUUAUUUUAUGUCUGGCCUAUGUCACUUAGCAUAAUGUUUUCAAGGUUCCUCCAUGUUGUCAAAUGUAUCUGAACUUUACCCUCUGUGGCUAAAAUAAUAUUUCAUUGUAUGUUUAUUCCCUUGUGUGUUUUGUUUAUCCAUUCUUCUGUUAAGGGACAUUUGGAUUGUUUCUACCUUUGGCUAUUGUGAACAAUGCUACCAUGAACACUGAUAUACAAGUAUCUUUGGAGUCCUUGUUUCCAAAUGUUUUUAAUUAUUUUGAAUUACUGGGUCAUAUCUCAAUUUUGUGUUUAACUUUUUGAGGAACCACCAUACUUUCCCACCACAGCUGUACAAUGUUACAUUGCCACCAGCAAGGUGCAAAAUGUCCACUUUCUUCAUACCCUUCAUACCCACCCUUAUUAUUUUCCUUUUUUUUUUUCAAUUAUACCCAUCCUAAUUGGUAUGAAAUGGUGCAAAUGUGAUUCUUAAUCUUUGACUUUUGAGACUUUAGGAAUAUCAAUUUCUAAAUACGAAUAGUGUCUAUUGAUCUGAAUUUUCUGUCACAGAGUCUUCUGGCAAACAGACAUUUGGACCAACAUCCCUCUUAAUUUACAUAGCAUCUAAAUAAUUUAAUUGGUAUAGACCCAAUUUAGCAUGGGGAUAACAAGGCACUAAUCUUCUCAUAUCUAUGUUAAAAUAAUUUAUGCUUUAACGUUUUCAGUGUAAAAAAGAUAUCUUAAAUGUC